GUGAAAUUAUUUCUCUGCUAGGAAUAUGCUUUACAGUAAAAAAGAUCUUUUGUUAAAUUCGAUUAUACCGUUGAUAAAUUCGUCAGUAACUUGCUGGCGUGCGUCGAGAAACACUGGCAAUAUUUAAUGACAGGACAGAAGUGAUGCUACACCGCAGAGAUGCUAGCGCCAUCGUGAGGCAAAUGACUGCAACAGUGUUUUAUUUACAAAAACAAUUAAUUUCUCAGGGAAAAUGUCAAACUAAAGAAACCCAUCUGUUGUGACAAACAAAGUUGUUUGUCAGCAGGCCUGAAAGUAUACCUUCAUAAUCAGUGACCGUAUGGGGAAAAAACCCCGCAAAAAACUCAUGAACAUGAGUGAUUCAGUGGUAUUUACAGAUUCUUCUGAAUGUCUGCUGGAGUAUUUAACCAUUUCUUUUUCAUUUAAAAUCCUAUAGCUUACAUCGUUGGUAAUCUAGCAGUCAUUUUGCAGUGUAUAGAAUUUUGUUUUGAUAUUUGUCACAAUGUCCUUAUAAGGUAGAUUCCUAUAGUUUUUAUACUUUUUUUUUUGCCAUGUACUUACAGAAACUAGAUAUCUACAUGAUUUAGACAUUUUUUGACAGGACAAAUUCAAAAUGUCGGCUGUUAAUCGGGAGAAGGGCAGAGAGAAUUCUUUGAGGGUGAAGGUGAAACGUUUCAAGUGCAAUUUCUGUGACAAGGCUUUCUCAACUGCUAGCAACAUGCGAGAACAUCAGAGGACCCACACUGGAGAAAGGCCUUACAAAUGUGAGUUUUGUGGAAAGACAUUUGCACAAUCAAGCACACACUCCAAACAUGUCCAGAUCCACAGAAAAAAGGCAUUACUGAAAAAAUCGAAGAGUCCAUCACAGCUCGACACUGAUCUAUCGACUGAUGAGUUGCAGCUGGGUAGAAUUUCAAUUCCUUCCACAUCAUUUGACACAGCAGCUCAUUUAUCUGCUGAUGAACAUUCUUCAGACCAGUAUACAACUGUGAUUGGGGAUGUAGAUUCUGAUGUUGAUGUAAUCCAUGACCAUAGAGCGACUCCUGUCUGUGAUAGUGUUGAGAGUGCUGCUAUUGUACCUAAUGUUGUUAACAAUGACCAAAUUCAACCAUUUCUGUCCUAUUCCCAAUUACCAGAAGUAUCAGAUAAAGAUUAUGUAAAACCAGUUAUUACAGGAAUUUUUAAGAAUUUAGCUUGUGAAGUGAUGCCCAAGACUCCUCCUCUCAUUGAAUCCAGCGUGUGGAAUGCAAAUGAGCAGAUAAGGAAUGGAGACAUAAUAUACAGCAAUUCUGAAUUGAGUAUAUAUCCCCAGGGCUCAGAAACCAAAUUGAAGUCAUUUGGCAAAUUUUCUGAGGGAAAUUUGGCAAAUGACUUAGCUGAAAAUCUAGAACCUUCUAGAACAUUUGAAGAGUCCCAAUCAAGAGAUUUUGUAACGAUAUCACAUAACGGAAGCAAUGAGGUUAUCAACAUUGAUGAUCAGGAAGAUGAAGAUGACAGCCAAGAUAGUUUACCAUCAAAAUCUUUUGAUGUCUGGACAAACUCUGCUGGCUCAGUUGCAGGUUAUUCUUUGGAAAAAUCCUACAAAUGUACAUUUUGUAAUGAAAAUUUUGUUUCUGCUGAAGAAAUGGAGGAACACAUACAGUGUCACUUGACGGAGAAAGUGUUUAAAUGCUGUAUUUGUUAUCGUGAAUUCAACAAGUCUUUCUCACUUUUACAACACAUACAAAGCCAUAACACAGAAGAAAAGUUAAGUUCCGUUAGGCCGAGCAAAUUGAUGCUAAGUCCAUCUGGUCAAUACGAAGUGAUUGACAUUCAGGAAGGCAGCCGUCAGAAGAUUUUGGAAUCAGAUAGUCCAUAUGGUGCCUCUGCAAAAAGGACAGUGAAGUCUGUUAAUGCCAGAAUGCAGUACCUUGAAAGAGACUACAGAUCAAACAAUCAGCAACAUAAUUUAAAUGAUCCUGUUUCCAGCAGCAGUCUAGACAAUUCCAACAGUUCAUCAUUUGUGGCCCUCACAUUUGGGGACGCUGAACAUUCUUCACAUAUUGAUCUAACUCAAAAUAGUGAUGAGCCUGUCAGACAGUUGGAAGACGCUUAUGACAGUGAUGACGACGACAUUAACCAAGAUGUCAUUUUGAUAGAGCCUGAUUUUCCAAAGAAAGAGACAAAGAUCGUGUCAAAAGACAGGACUUUGAUGCAGGAGGAACCGUCAGACAGUUCUUCUGAGAAACUGAAUUAUUUUGAUAGUUACUUUGCUCUGGGAGUACAUGAAUCAGGAGGUAGUAGCAAUAAAUCCUUGAAAGUGGAAGAAAGUGGCAGCACCGACUACUUGCAUUCACCGUUUCCUGACCAGUUGAUCAAGAAUUAUAGUGGUUGCUCAAAAGGAGGUAUUGUGACAAGUCAACGGAAACAUAGGCAACAGUUUGCCAGUAGGAGAAACCCAUUAAAAGUUGCAUGCAUGUUGUGUCCACGGAGGUUUUCGACUGCUAGUAACAUGCGUGAACAUAUGAGAACACAUACUGGUGAAAGACCUUUUGUUUGUAAAAUCUGCCACAAAAGUUUUGCUCAGUCCAGCACACAUUCUAAACACGUUCUCACUCAUACAAAGAGUAAGAUGUUCUGCUGUAAUUUAUGUGAUAAAACCUUCACAAGAGCUAAUAACUACAAAAAGCAUUUACAGAAACAUAGUGCAAAAGAGAUUGCUGAACAGCUAGAGUCUAGCCCAGUGGGUUCCUCUAGUGAUGGAACAUCUAAAGGGAUGGGUAUUUGCUCUGAGUUUUUAAGAAAUCUGCUAAAGAAAAAGAAUGAAAUUGAUCGAAGUAACACGUCCCCUUUGUCUAAUUCUAGUGACUUGUCCCAUAUUGCAGCAAACAGUUUAGAGAAGGAAGCCAAAGUUCAGUUGAAAAAGAAGGAUUUGCAACCAAGAUUUUCAACUGGAAGGGAAGACCAAAUGUACCAAAGUUAUUCUUUCUCAAAUAAAGGAGGGAGAAAAACCAUCUUUAACAAAUGUCGUAAGCGAAAACUAUCACCAGGGGUUAAUCAUCCAGCGACUGUGCAAGACCAGCAGCAGGAACUGAUUGUAGGGGAGAACUUAACUGAUGUUGUUGAUCACAGCAUUCAUAAAAGUAAGUUGACAUCCCUGAAAAGCACAGUUGAAGAACUGCUGAAGACCAACCGUAACAGCUCUAGAGAGACUCAAGUGCUGUUGCCAUCCAACCCGAGUAAAAAAUAUUCACAACGUAAAAGAGUGUCGAAAUACAUUCAGAAACUAAAGAACUACCACCCCCAUCGCUGUCUCUACUGUCCUCGAACAUUCUCCACUUCUGGUAACAUGAAGGAACACAUGCGAACACAUACAGGCGAGAAACCUUAUGAGUGUGAAAUCUGCCACCGAAAAUUUGCUCAGUCAAGCACUCAUUCUAAGCAUGUUCUAACUCACUCUCACAAAGAACAGCUUACUUGUACAUUUUGUUCAAAAUCUUUCACCCACCCUGGGCCUCUAAAAUAUCACAUGUUUCAAUGUUAUAAAAUAAAUUAUAUGAAGAAAACAAAAAGCAGACAUCUAUCUUCAUUAAUAGGUGGAUCAUCAUCUUCUAAAAAACAGUCAGCAGAUAAGGAAACCAACUCUGUAGUUGGUUCAAAUUCAAGUUCUUCGGAUGGUGAACAGCCAGUGAAAUUUGAUACUUUUCAUAAAAAUGAUGAUGACAGCACCGAGCAAUUACUUCCAAGAAAUGCCGAAAACGAUCCUGACACUCCUUCUGCAACUUUUGUGGACAGUGAAAAUAUUUCUAAAAUAUCUAAGAAUAUAGAUUUACAAACAUCAAAUGUUUCAAAGGAUCUUAUUAAAAAACUCCCAGAAACGUUUAGAUUGUUAACUAAGCAAUGCAAUGAUUCUUGGAGUGGUUCAGAAAGAAAUUCUCUUGCUGAUCAAGACGAGAAUUAUUCAAAGAAAGACCUGUGCAUCUCAGAUGUAAAAACUGUAAUCCAAACCUCUUCAGAUAAAGCAGAAGAGUUGUCCAAUUCUUCAGAAUUGGUAUCUAUUUUGAACAACAACUUGCUUGAAAAAGUUAAGGAUGCUGAUCUUGACAAAGAAGAUUCUUCAGUGAAACAACAGGAUUCAACGAGUUCUGCUGACAGCAAAAUAACUUUUACAAGUCAAGAAUCCCUUACAUCAUGGGCAGAAAACGAAGCCAGUCUGUUCUCUGGAAUGAGUGAAAAAUUAAAUUAUCUAAAUUCUUCCAAAGAGAAUCAAAUAGAAUUAAACAAAUCUGGUUUAUUAGUUGACAGCAUUGUAGAUUCAAACAAAGACUUGCAGCCAGUUUCUGUCAUGGAGCUAAAUUCUCAGGAAAAUUUACCGAUUAGCAUUGAGAAUAUAAAGAAAGAAAUUUGUGAAGAGGACAAUAGUGUUGAUACAUUUUGUAACGAUAAAACAACACACACAACAACAAGAGCAAACAGGGCAACUGUGCAGUGUGAGGAUGAUGAAGAUGAUGAUGAUGAUGAUGAUGAUGAUGAUGAUGACGAUGAUGAUGGUGAUGAUGAUGGUGAUGAUGAUGAUGAUGAUAUGAAGCAUAUGUAUCAAGUGAAAGUUGAAAUUCCUAUCGAGUUAAGUAGUUUCCAGCUGUCUAUGACAGCUUCUGAGAACCUUUCAACAGUCAGUGACCAGAAUUGUGAAGCUGUAGAUGACAUAAUGGCCCUUAAUAGAAACAAUCAAUUGAUUAGUUAUAAGACUGCUCCCUUCAGCUGCUCAUCUAAGAAAACAACCAAGAAGAACUUCCCUAACAUAGAUAAACAAGUCAGGGGUCUUAAAAGCAGUUUCCACCCUUUCAAGUGUGACUACUGCCCACGCACAUUUUCCACCAGCAGCAAUAUGAAAGAACACACAAGAAUUCACACAGGAGAGAAGCCAUUCAAAUGCGAAUAUUGUUAUCGUACGUUUGCCCAGUCUAGCACACGGGCGAAGCACUUAUAUACACACAUACGGGAUCAGAAGUUUGUCUGCACCUAUUGUUGUAAAACAUUCACUGAUGCUGCUGACCUAAAGGUUCACGUAAUGACACACAGCAAUGUCAGUGAUUCUACGGGACUUCUCUCUACCAAUUUUUCAGUCAAGACUACUGGCAGCAUGUCUACAGACGAGGUAGAUUGUCUUUCGGUUGAUCGUUCGUUACAAGAUAUAACGGACACAGACAUUCAGAAUGAUGAUGGUUACAAAGAAGCACAGUAUAAUAAAGAUCUUGAAAUUUCAAAUGUUGUUGAUGCUACUGAAACAGAGCCUGGUCAUGUUGAUUGGUACCGUAAGAGUCUGGAGAUUAAAGAUUUAGAUGAUUUGAGCAAACUUCAGUCAAAGAAAAAUUUGGAUAGUUUUCCCAUUGAACUUUGCACUAAAAUCAAAUUAGAAAAUGUUGGAGAAGAUGAACCUGUCGAGGACCAAAUGCAUGAAGAGGAAGCCUCAGUUGGUAUUAAUUCUGAGGUAAAUUUGACCUUUGAAUCCAAUAAGGACUUACUUAAAGUUUCUGCCAAAUCACUGAAGAAUUUUGGAAAUUCAAGAAGUGGCAAUGAUAAAAAAUACUCUUCUCGUUUUGAAAAAUCAGGACUAUCAUCUGAAUUCCCAGUCGAUGUAGAAUCAGGGUCUUAUUCAAAAUUAAACCAAAGUGUAGAAAAUUUGCCAAAAGUUGACAACUACGAAGGCUUUAGGUGUGUCUUUUGUAGUCGGACAUUUUCAUCAGCAAGUAACAUGAGGGAACAUGUCCGUACUCACACAGGCGAGAAACCAUUUGAAUGUAAAUUUUGUCAUCGCAGAUUUGCACAGUCCAGCACCCACUCAAGACACUUAAGAACCCACCUUCAUAUGAAAAAACACCAAUGCUCUGAGUGUGGAAAAUAUUUCCUACAAUUACAUAACCUCAAAAAACACAUUCAAGUUCACCAUAAAAAGAGUUCAACAGCUUUUAAUACAAUGCUUCCCAUAUUAUCCAAUAGAUUGGUAAGCAACACAGUAGACAAGACUAUACAAUGUCAGGAUGGUUUUAAUUCAACAAACAAGGAGCUGAAAGUCACCACUGAAAUUUUGUUGCCUUCUUGUGAUUUGACAUCUGACUUUAGUAGCAUUGACCAUCAGGCAGAACCGGGCUCUGUUGUAUUGAAUACUACUAUUGAAACCCCUAGUGGCUCCACUAAACCAUUUAAGUGUACCUUCUGUUAUGAAACAUUUUCAAAUGCUGUUGAUUUUAAUGAGCACACAUACCUACAUACGACCGAUGCUUCAUUUCAGGAUUCUUUGCAUUCUCAACAAAUAUUUCAAUGUUCAGAAUGUGACAGAACUUUCCAUAAUAGCAAAGAACUUGAAAACCAUUCUAAACGGCACACUUCCUUUUCUUCAUCCAUUUUAAUAUGCAACUCUUGCAAUCAAGAAUUUCCAAACUCUCUUCUAUUCCAACAGCAUAAAAUUCUUUGUUUAGCUCAGUCUGCUACUUUGAAAAUGCUUCAGUUUAGUCCCCAGAAAUCUGAAGAUCCUUCAAUGGAUGAGUCUCCCACCUUCAGCCCAUAUUCUAAUCAGCAAGUUGAGGAAAGGUCUUCAUUGAAUACAUAUCUGAACUAUGCGUUGCCACACAAAACCGUUAAUACAAACCCUGAGACUGAUGACUCAGCAGAAUUUUUCUCACUACUCAAAGAAGCUGAGUCGGAUAAAGCAAGAGAAGAUGUAGAAAUCAUAUCAAUAGCCAAUCCCAGUUCACGUUUCAGUAUACAAAAGAUAAAAUUCACCAAAGACAAUUCUUAUUUGGAAUCAUCAACUACUGAUGUGGCAUAUCCGAAAAAACCAUCCUUUCCUGAUCACCUGAAACUUUAUCACCAGCCAGUACAGUCAAAUGACAUGUUCAAUAAAGGAACUGGAUUGUCAAAUAAAAAUCGGUUAAAGACCCCCAGAAGUAAAUAUACUCAUAAAUGUCAGUUUUGUGCCAAACUCUUCAGCACGGCAAACAAUCUUCGAGAGCACGUGCGAACUCACACCGGUGAGAGACCGUUCAGUUGUCGAAUUUGUCAUCAAAGGUUUGCUCAAUCCAGCACACGUUCAAAACAUGAAAAAAGUGCUCAUCGUGAAACCAAAUUGUCGAAAUUUCAUCCAAACAGGUCUGUAAUCAACUCAGGUAACUCUGUAGCCCACCUGUCGAGAAGCUUGCAACUUAAUGAUCGCCUGAGACUGCGACGAAAUUGCCACAAAUGUGACUUUUGUUUCAAAGAAUUUUCAUCUUACAAGUCUUUGUGUUUCCACAAACAAAUUCACGUGAAGAAAUUUGCAGUGAGACGAACAACUGUGGAUUUUAAAGACAAAUUAAAUGUUUUUAAGACUGCCAUUGUUGAUACAGAUUUGAACCAGAAGCCCAUAAUGCCAAAGAUAAAUGACCCAAACAUUCUUGAAAGAAAACGUUCCUGUGCCAAAUUACCAAAUGAAAUUCCACAAGUAGAAGAGUGUUUAGAUAGAAUAUGUGAUAAAAGUCAGAAGUUAUAUUCACCGGGAAACACAAUUUCUGAAAACCAAGAAACAGGGUUACCCUCUUCAAUUGUUAAUUUACUGAAAUCGAAAGAAAGUUCUUCAGGAAACAACUAUAAUGAUGGUAGUAACCUUAGAAUAUCUGAUAUAAAAUCUAAAAGAAAUCUGUAUUUGAAAACUCGAAGACUACAUCCACGUACUCAUAAGUGUAACUACUGUAACAAAUUGUUUAGCACUCGAAACAACCUACAAGAGCAUGUACGUACACACACAGGUGAAAGGCCUUUUAAAUGUCUGGUUUGCCAUCGUAGGUUUGCCCAGUCGAGUACUUGUUCCAAACACAUGAAAACCACCCAUCGAUUUCACUCGAAACUUGCUUAUGAACGGUGCAAUAAGACCAGAUUAUUUGAACCACAUACGGAUUUCUCUGCUACUAACCAAUCUACAAAGCUUCCCAUGACUGCCAAUGAUAAUACAAAGCCACUGCUAAAGAAGAACCUUUACAAAUGUGAAUAUUGUUCCAGAAAUUUCUUUUCUUAUCAAUUUCUCUGUCUUCAUAGACUGACUCACACCAAGAAACCAUUCCAGAAACAAAUAUUUCAAAAAAUGUCACCUGAUAAUAUUGUUUUAUCAUCUAAAAAAUCUGAUGAAUUUUAUGAAGAACACAAUGUAAAUUAUAGAGGAGAACCCCCAGACAAAUUAGUUGGUAAUGGAUUAAUGUCUAGUAGUAUAGAUCCUUUAUAUCCUGAUCCUGACAAUAAUCACUUUAGCUACAGUUUGCAUAAAGGAUAUGAUAUAAUCCAAAAUGAAAAAAUUGAUAAUCCAUCAGAAUUAUCAAGGUAUAUGUCUUCUAACUCUGAAUCAGAUUUUAAUCAAGCUCAAACCAAAGACUUAAUUAUUAAUUCUCAUCAGAACCAAUUUGAAAACAGCAGGAAUAACUCUGGUGAGGAGAACUUACAGAAAAUACAAGGUCUAAAUUCACGCUUAAAAGAAAAGAAAGACAAAGUUUUACCGAAGAUUUAUUCCGAAAGUGAUUCUGUAAGAAACCAGGAAAUCGAUAACGAUGAGGGGAACAGUGAUAGCAUUUGUUGUGAUAGUGACUUGAAGUCUGAAGAGAAAUUGGAUGAGGUAGAAGAAUUACCAUUGAGUCGGCAGCACAAAAAUGGUAAGAGAGAGGAUGAAAAUUUUAGCAGGAAUGCAACAAGUAGUAACUUGAAGGUGUCGAAGGUUCAGCAGUGUGUUUAUUGUCAUAAAACUUUCAAGAAUGUGAGUAAUUUAAAGGAGCAUCACCGAAUUCAUACAGGGGAACGGCCUUUUCAGUGUUAUUUUUGUGCCAAAGUAUUUACCCAUUCCAGUACGUGUUCGAGACACAUGAAACUAAUGCAUUUUCGAAAAAACGCAUAUGAGAGCUCAGUACCCAGUAGUGAAAUUUCUGUUCCAAUACGUAACAAUAACUACGUACGAAGCAAAAUGAAUCCUAGAACCAAAAUUCUAAGACCAACUCAUCAUUGUUUAACCAAAUCCAUAAAUCUCAUGAGAGACGCUGAAAACUGUGUUUGUCCUAAUUGCAACAGAGUAUAUUCUGAUGUAGCUUCAUUUGCUUUACAUAAAUUGUCGUGCAAUAUUACUUUCAGUGGAAAAAACUUGUCCAAACCUUAUUCUCAGAACUUAACUGAUUCACUCAACCAAAUAUAUUUAGACAUGGAUCCAUCUCGUAAUCCUGGUUGCUUGCCUGAAAAGUCUUCCAGAAAUACCCAUCACUCAAGUCAUCGUGUUGUUUCUGACUCAAAUAAAUCUAAUGAAAGGUGUGGGAGUACAUUUAAUGCAAACCCUGAAGACAGUGAAGGGGCAGGAGACCCAUCAAGUCCAAGGGGUCACUUUGAUCAUUUAGAAGACUUCUCUGAUGAAAUUCAGAAACAGUCACUGCAAUUUAAAACUGAGUGUAUAAAAAAGGAAUAUCUUGAAGAAUUGGUUAGUUUCCAAUUGACUGAAGAAGACUGGGAUAUAGAUCAGCUGGAUUCAUCUUCUACAGAAGUUAUAAAGAAUACAGAGAGAGUUAAAAAGGACAUGUUCUCUGAAGCAAAUCAUCUGAAGAAGAGGACCUCUCCAGACAAUGUUGAACAACAAACACUUAGCAUUAUGGAGGCUAGCACCACUGAUGAUUGCAAAGUGAAAACUAAAGUGGAGGCAUCAGAUUCAGGUCAAUACGAAUAUUUGGAUGCCAGUUCGAAUUCAGUGGGCGAUUCUGAAGAAUGCUUGCAAGUUGAUUCAAGGCAGCCAUCAGGACUUAGCUUUGAUGAUGUUAUUGUUUUAUCAGAAGAUGAAUGUUCUGACAAAAGUGAAGACGGAGAGGAUCUGCCUUCAACUGAUAGCGUUCUGUUGAACUCUGAAAAUGCUGGUAAAGUUGUCAAAAUGUCUAAGGGUCAUCUAAAGAGAAAUUUCAUGAAGCCUGAGUCCCCUGAAAGCGAUGAGUAUGGUUUGAACUUAGGAUUAGAUGCUCUGGAAAGUGAAUCAGUUGGAUCUGAUGAGGUAAGGAUAAUUCCUACAAAGGUGAACGAAACCUUAUUCAGUAAACGUUUGCAGUCUCGAAAACGGUUUCCUGCUUCAAACCAGUCUGAUGAAACAAUGAAUAAAAAACCUUUAAAAUCCACCAAGAUCCAGGCAUCUUGUGAAUCUUUCAGAGUUUCUUCUUCCCUGCAAUCCAAACAACAUAUUUGUCCUUUCUGUCAGAAGUCUUACUCAAGUGCCAGUAAUAUGAAGGAACAUAUGAGAACUCACACAGGAGAAAGACCUUUUUCUUGCCAAAUUUGUCUUAAGACAUUUGCUCAGAAAAGCACUUUGUCAAAGCAUAUGAAAACUCAUAAGAAGGGUUCUCUUUCCACAGCUUUACAACAUAAUCCUGAGUAUUUAGAUUUCAGUUGUUCUCAGAACAAGGAAUCACUGAAAACCAUUACAUCUGAUGAGGUUGAUGGCAAUGUAGAUAUAUCUAAUGAAGAAGAAUUAUCUCCAAAGUCGCAUUUAUCCUCUAGUUUAUUUACAACACAAUAUUUCAGAACAGUUUCUUUAGACAUUAGUGAUACCUCUAGUAUUAAAGAUAGUAACACUGUUAGGCAGUUGCAGUCCCAUGGUUUAGAAAAUGCAUCACAAUCUGUAGAUCGUCUGCAGUCCAAUGAUAAUCUAACUGUGACUGAGGGUGGUGUGACUUCUGUAAUCACCAGCGGGAACCAACCUAGUACAAUAGCUAACUCUUCUAAUUUUGCACGCAACAAACAUUCUCCCAGUCCCACCAAACAAACACAUUCAUCUACCAAGAAUUCGACGAAAGCCGACUGUUUUACCAAGCCAUUUCAGUGUGAUAUCUGCUGUAAAACAUUCACUACAUCAGGAAAUCUGAAAGAGCACAGACGAAUUCAUACAGGAGAAAGACCAUUUGAGUGUCCAUUUUGUAGCAGAACUUUUGUGCAAGCAAGCACACGAUCACGACACGUUAAAAACCAUUUAAAACAUUCAGACAUUUCUCUGAUUAAUGCAUGAAACGUCAGCAAUAUAUUUUCAAUUGGAAGACAAUUAGUUAAAAAUCAAAUUAAAAAUAUUGGUCAAUUUCUACAAA